ACCCUGCCGGCAAAGCGGCCGCAGAGCCGCUGGCCGCUGCGCUACAGCCGCGGGAGGAGACGGGCAGCGGAAGGCCAGGCCGGCAUCACCAAUCCCUGCGCUUUUCGUCGUGCGCACGCGUGGUUUUCGCGGCCGCGGAUGGUAAGCCAGCCGGGCAGCCGCGGGACAAAAUGGGAAGCGAAGCGAAGCAGAGGCGCAGGCGCAACAGCGCGGCGGCACAGUACCCAUCACCUCACUGCUCCUCCCCGUUCCCCAAUCCUCCCUUCCUCGCCAAGCGCCUGCCUUUCCCCUCCUCGGCGCCGGCCGGCUGCGGCUCCGACCCGAUCCCCGGCGCGUACGCACGGAACCCUCUAUCUGAUGAAGUGGUGGUGUGCUCGAAACUCCGUUGACUAUCCUCUACUUUGAUCAUCUCUUAUCCGCUUGGAGAAUUAGACCACUUUUUUCGGACAAUGGGGAUUGUCAAGAUAGCGAGUGGUGAGCCUGCAGAAAAGAGUGGUUCCAGCUGUGGAGAUGGGGACCUUACACGAGAUGACAGAGUGCUGCUUCAGAGCUUUCCUAUUGACGACUCUCAUGACUAUGAACUUGCAGAGGUCGACUGUGAGUUUGCAAUGUCCAGAGGUCAGGUGUGCAAUGUGCCAUAUGGGCUUUAUGAUCUGCCUGACUUGACAGAGGUUCUUUCUUUGGAGAUGUGGAAUUCAUGCCUCACAGAAGAUGAUAGAUUGUAUCUAGCAGCCUACCUCCCGGACAUGGAACAACACAACUUCGUUACAACAAUGAAAGAGCUGCUUAAUGGUGAUGCUAUCUUCUUUGGAAGUCCACUUAGAAGCUUUUUCCUUAGAUUGAACGGUGGGCUUUAUUCUCCACAAGUUUCUCAGGCAAGAGAGUUACUAUUGAUGUUUCAAAGACGAAGAUAUUAUCAAUUUCUGAUGAUGUACCAUGAUGGUAUGGUUGGCAAGUUUGCAUCCAUGGCCAAACUGUUGAGAAAUUCUGUUAUGAGUGCUAGUCUUAGAGAGAAGGUUCCCAUCUCGCACAACCGGGUAUAUGAGAAGCAGUUCCCAUGUGUAGGUCUCAGGGGUGAGUCUGCCACUAUGUCAGUGUCACCAAUGAAGCAAGCUAAACUUAUGGAUGGCUCAUUACCAAUGAAGCAAGCUAAACUUAUGGAUGGCUCAUUAACCACUCAUCGUUCAAGCAGACAUAAUGAAACAGGCAAUGUAGCCAAAUCAGCAGAAAUGAACACACUGGAAAGUCAAAUCUUCCAUCCUCUCAGUGAUCCCAGGCAAAAUUGUGGUAAACUACGAAAAGGUGUGCUGAAAAUAAGUACUGGUUGCGCUUCUCAUAUUGAUGGUAGUAAAGGUAUACAUCACAGACCUAGACUGGUUCUAGUUGAUCAGUUAGGAAUGCAGAGCUCCACCUUUUUUGCUCCACCUCAUGCUUUUGCGCAUGAUGUACAUGUUUAUUCUGAGAAUUCAUCUUCUCACAUCAACACAGACAGUGGUACUCCUGCUUGUUCACGACGGAAUCCCUUAGACACUUGUGCUCUGAUUGGCAAAAGCCCACUUGGAGUCCAAAUGACAGUUCCAGAGGAGCACAAUGCAGUUUAUCCUUCCAUGAUGCUUAGAGGUUUCUAUCAGCCAGCAGCUAACCAUAGUUUAGUGUAUUCCAGUGAAGCAUAUGACACCAGAGAAUGUGGCCACAUGAAAGACCUUUUGAAGAACUUUGGUCAUCAGAACAGGAUAGUUCAUCAAAGUUCUCCUGACCCAUGUGCAGGAGUUAGUGAUGGUCACGAAGUGAAUGCAUACACGACACUGCACAGUAUAAGAAAUGUUGAAAGUAUUUCAGAGAUGUUAAACCUUGGCACAGGGAAAUUGUCAGAGCAUUUGGAAACGGUGCGCAAGUAUCAUGAUGGCGUGAAGCUGGAGGCACCCCCUGCCAAGCCUGUUACUGAAGUUGAAGAAGCUCGACAAUUCGCUUACACCUACGCAAGGAGGAAGCCGCACAAGAGGUCAACUAUGGUGGAAGAUACAGUGUCACCGGGUGUGCUAUCAACAUGAAUGUGAAGGCAAUCACACUCUGAAGCUUGGCAAUUGCAAACAAUGGGAGCUGAAUAUAGUUGGGGAUAAAAUUUAGCAUCCAUCUGACAUAGUAAAUAAACAUGAAUUAUUUUUCCUUUCUCCUAUGACAACGAUAACCAAAGCCUAGAGUAUUUCGCCCGUUUGAGAUUGGUAUAAGUAGUUUACACUUCAUUACUUCAAUAGUUGAACUAUUCAAGUAUGCAAAUCAGUCAUAUCUGGCUGCUAAGUUCAGGGAGAUUUUUGCCUGCUAUUAUACAUAACCAGGGUUACCAUUUCUUGGUGGCUGCAAUAUUUCUUGUGCUACAA